GUCGGUGGGUCGUCGGCAUCGCGGCUUCGGACGAUCGAUGGCUAAUCUACCCCUCGCCUACAUAAGCUGCCUCCUAACUUUUUCUUUCCAGUUUCCACCACGAACAAUGGCUCGUCGUCACUUCCCACCCGUGGCUGCCAUCCUCGCCGUGGCACUACUCCUAGUAGCCCGCGCGGCGGGCUACCCAUGGCCAGUGUGCGGCUACAGUACCAGCAGCUUCGUGGCCAACAGCAAGUACCAGGCCCACCUUGACUUCGUCACCGCCACCCUUCCCAAGAACGUCUCCUCUUCCCCGGACCUCUUCGCCACCGUGGUCGUCGGAGACAUCCCGGAGCAGCUCUGGGCCAUGGGUCUCUGCCGCGGCGACAUCAACGCCACGGACUGCUUCGGCUGCCUCACCCAGGCCAUCCAGGACCUGCCCAGCGAGUGCCCCUACAACAAGGAGGCCACCAUCUACUACGACACCUGCUCGGUGCACUACUCCGACGUCCACACCCUCCCCGGCGACGACACCGGCCCGGCGCUCAACACGUACCGCGCCUUCAACGACGCGAACGUCACGUCGGAGCCGGCCCGGUUCCAGACCCUCCGGGCCGCCCUCGUGAACGCCACCGCCGAGCACGCCGCAGGCUCCGCGCGGCGGUUCGCGACCGGGGAGACCGACUUCGACCAGGAGUUCCCCAAGAUUUACAGCGCGGCGCAGUGCACGCCGGACCAGACGGCGGCGCAGUGCCGGAAGUGCCUCGCCGGGAUCGUAGCGGCCUUCCUGGGGGGAUUCGGGAGCAAUAUCGGAGGCAGGGUGCUUGGGGUCGACUGCACCUACCGCUUCGAGACCACGCCCUUCUACAAUGGGCCAGCGAUGGUGCGGCUGGCAUCACCAGGACCGAGAGCGCUGGCGCCGGCUGUGCCGCCGACGGCUGGGACGCCGGCGGCAGCCGGAGGAGGGGAACGGAAGCACCGUGUGCCCUGGGUGGUUCUUGCAGUUGUCCUGCCAACUCUAGCAGCCCUGAACCUGGUCACCUUCCUCUGUCUCAGGAAGCGACGCCGACCAAUUGCGCAUGCCAAGCAGCAAAAUCCGAUGUAUUCCACUGAAGCAGAGGACAUCGAAAUGGUGGACUCCAUGAUGAUCGACGUCUCCACCCUGCGGACUGCCACCGGAGAUUUCGAUGAGAGCAACAAGCUCGGCGAAGGCGGUUUCGGUGCUGUGUACAAGGGUGUCCUCCCCGACGGCGAGGAAAUAGCGGUGAAGCGGCUGUCGAACAGCUCGACGCAGGGAGCGGAGGAGCUGAAGAACGAGCUCGCGCUGGUGGCCAAGCUGAAGCACAAGAACCUCGUCAGGCUCAUCGGCGUCUGCCUGGAGCAGCAAGAACGGCUGCUCGUCUACGAGUUCGUCCCCAACCGAAGCCUCGAUCUCGUACUCUUCGACGCUGAGAAUGAGAAACGUGAGCAGCUGGACUGGGGGCAGAGGUACAGGAUCAUAAACGGCAUCGCUCGGGGCCUGCAGUACCUGCACGAAGACUCACAGCUCAAAGUGGUGCACCGUGAUCUCAAGGCCAGCAACAUCCUGCUAGACGCGAACAUGAACCCCAAGAUCUCAGACUUCGGCCUCGCGAGGAUCUUCGGCCGAGACCAGACGCAGGCCGUCACCAGCCGCGUCGUCGGCACCUAUGGGUACAUGGCGCCGGAGUACCUGAUGCGCGGGAACUACUCCGUGAAAUCGGACGCGUUCAGCUUCGGCGUCAUGGUGCUGGAGAUCGUCACGGGGAGGAAGAACAGUAGCGACGGCGGCUACAGGCCCCAGCAGUCCGGAGACCUCUUGACCACCGUGUGGGAGCACUGGGAGGCCGGGACGGUGGCGGAGUUGGUAGACCCGAGCAUGGUUGGCAGCUUCCCGGCGGGCGACGUGCACAGGUGCGUCCACGUCGGGCUGCUGUGCGUCCAGGGAGACCCGGCGGCCCGGCCGGUGAUGUCGGCCGUCGUGAUGAUGCUCGGCAGCGACACGGUCACCCUCCAGGCCCCGUCCAAGCCGGGGUUCUUCGCCAGGAGCAACAGCGCCAACGCAGCCGCGCCGACGGUGUCGCUCACGGGUUAGCCAUGGGAGUCCAGAACAAUUCUGAGUUGAUCGCGUAGGCCGUAGGGAGACUGGGAGGGGAUCUGCGAACGUGUGAGGUGUGCGUGUAAAGAUCAUGCAGAUGAGGCUAUCUGCAAGAAUCAUUUUCUGUCCUGACAAUUGGUCGAAGAAAAAGAAAGUCUUUCCUGACAGUUGCGAGUGUAAUAACAAGUAAACAGAAGUUCGACAAUUCCUAAAAAAUUGUGCCCCUGAUAUGUUUCAA